AAAAAAAAAAAAAAAAGAAAAAAGCAGUACCAAAUCUACUGUCUUGUAUCUAGACACUCAUCCCGCUAAUCCUGUUUGUCUGGGAAGCGUAACGCACGCAGUCUGAGACAGAGACCUAUGGAACCUUGGCAGCAGCAGGACAUUGUGUAACUGUUCUGUUUUAUCCCAGAUGCUCCCCAAAGCCUCCUGUGCCCCUAGAUGGGGUUUUGGCAGCAGCUGGGUCAUGGAGCACAGUUCCUUCUGGGUUGGUUCACCCAGGGGGCCAGUACCCCUCGCGCUCUGGGUGUGGUCGAAUGGAUUCACUGAGGACAGGAGCCACACCACUAGGUGGCACCACUGGUGGACGGAAACUUCUACAAAGUGAGCUAAAGCCCACCCUUCCUCCUGAGCCUGUGACCCUUGGGCAUCACAGCAAUGAGGAAGUCACUAAGACAGUUCCUUAAAUUCCAGUUCAUUUUCAAGCUGUUAUUUCUUUUUAUUUUUUAUCUGUACCGGGGAUCAAACUCAUGGCCGCACACUUGCGAGGUAGGCGCUUAUACCACUGAGCUAAAUCCAGCCCUAAGUUGUUAUUUCUUUGUAGUGUUUGCCAUAAUAAAAAAAAAACUAGCUGGGCAUGGUACACGCCUGUAAGUCUAGCACUUGGGAGGCUGAGGCAGGAGGAUCAUUGCAAGUUAAAGAUCAACCUGGGCUACAAGUAAGCUCAAGGCCAGCCCGAACUGAAUAGUGAGACCCUGUAUAAAAAAGACAAAAAAAAUCUAACUGACCAAAAAUGGAUUAAUUAGAAAAAAUCAGUAGAACUGUGGGAGUUCAGAUUAAUGGUUUUGGCGGGGGAUUUAGCUCAGUGGCAUAAGCUCUGGCCUUGCAAGCACAGGGUCAUGAGUUUCAUCUUUGGUACAAAAAAAAAUAUAUAAAUGGUUUUGUUUGUUUGAAUUUGUGGGAGGUUUUGUUUCUGCUUUUUUAUUUGUUGUUGAUUUUUGGAGACAGGGUCUAACUACGUAGGUAAAGCUGGCCUUGAACUUGCAGUGAUCCUCCUGCCUCAGCCUUCCAAGUGCUGGGGGUGUAGGCAUGCGUCACCAACUGAGUUCGGCUUUUUAAAUUUUACUUUUGUUUUUUAUGAGUACAGGUUUGCAGUACAUACGUUUCCAGUGAUCUCAGGGUGUUGGUUCGUGUACCUAACACAGCCUCCUCCUUGAUUCUUUUCAUUCCCGAACUCUCCAGUCCCCUGCCCAAGCCUUUGAACCUGGCGUUCCCAGUGGGGUGGGGCCUCCUGGGGACUUUCGGGGCUGGGCCUGCUCCUGGCCUCCUCUCUGCCUCUCUCCUGUGAGGCUUCUGUCCCUGGCUGAGUGAAGCGCGGUCUCCCUGGCUGUCCUCCAGCGCACAGCCACGGUGGGACUCAGCCUGCGGCCUCCUGAGCCGGCCUGGGAAGCCCUGCUGCUGGGCAUCUGCAGAGCCCGGUCGAUGCGGAGGGUGCAGGAAAGGGAACGGGGGCCUAAGUAGGGCUCCUCACUGGCCUGAUGAGAUGGUCACGAGCUGGUAUUUCAGUCAGAUCACUUAACAGCUGACCGGAAGCCGGGCAUGGUGGUGUGUGCCUGUAAUCCCAGUGCUCUGGAGGCUGAGGCAGGAGGAUCACUGCAGAUUCAGAGCCAGCCUGGACCACAUGAUGACGGGGCAGGCGUCAGAGGUUCCCACGUAGAUCGGCAACUUCUGGUGCACACCAUGGAGGAGCUGGAGAGGACAGAAGUGGUUCUCCUGGCGUGCGGCUCUUUUAACCCCAUCACCAACAUGCACCUGCGGCUCUUUGAGCUGGCGCGGGACCACAUGAACUCGACAGGGAAAUACAGAGUGGUCAAGGGCAUCAUUUCUCCUGUGGGCGACGCAUAUAAGAAGAAGGGACUCAUCCCUGCGCACCACCGGGUCACCAUGGCGGAACUGGCCACCAAGACCUCGGGCUGGGUGGAGGUGGACCCAUGGGAGAGCCUGCAGAAGGAGUGGGUGGAGACCGUGAAGGUGUUAAGACACCAUCAGGAGAGGCUGGAGGCUGGCAGCUGUCACCAGUGGCAGAACUCCCCCGAGCAGGAAAAGCCCAGCCGGAAGCGGAAGUGGGCCGAACCAAGACAGAACUCCACGCAAAAGAAGCCCCUGCAGCCGAACACAAAAGCCGCGCCCCAGGUGAAGCUGCUGUGCGGUGCAGACCUGCUGGAGUCCUUCGGGGUGCCCAACCUGUGGAAGAGCGAGGACAUUGCCCGCAUCCUGGCGGACUACGGGCUCGUGUGCGUCACCCGGGCCGGCAGCGAUGCCCAGAAGUUCAUCUACGAGUCCGAUGUGCUGUGGAGACACCGGCACGACAUCCACCUGGUGAACGAGUGGGUCACCAACGACAUCUCAUCCACCAAGAUCCGCAGGGCACUGCGCCGCGGCCAGAGCAUCCGCUACCUGGUGCCAGACCCGGUCCAGGAGUACAUCCAGGAGCAUGGCAUCUACAGUGCCGAGAGCGAGGACCGGAACCUGGGGGUGGUCCUGGCACCUUUGCAGCGGAACAUCGAGGAAGACGCGUCCUAGGACCCUUGGGGUCCAGACCACCUGCUGGGGCGACCUUCGGAAACUGAUAAAAGUCAGCAAAAAAUGAGAAUCACAUCUGGGUUUUUUCUUUUCAUCAGAGUUGCUAAGAUGAAAGUUUUUAGUACUGUUUUUGGAGAACAUUGCUAAGCACUGUGGUGCACGCCUGUAAUCUCACCACUUGGGAGGCUGAGGUAGGAGUGAGCCUAACCUGGGCUACAUAGCAAGACUCUCUUAAAAAUCCCCCCUCAGCAGGGCGUGGUGGCUCACACCUGUCAUCCCAGCACUCGAGGCUGAGGCAGGAGAAGGAGGAUCAUUGCCAGUUUGAGACCAGCCUGGACUACAAAGUGAGCUGAAGGCCAGUCUGAACUAUAUAGAGACCCUGUCUCAAAAAGACAAAAAAAAAAAAAAAAUUCCCCCCCUCACACAGAGAAAUUAAAGAAUGUAUAAAUUAUUUUAUCUUGAAAAUGAGAGAUUAAAAAAAAUGAGCUUGGCAGCUCCACCUAAAGGAGAAGGAAUUUCAGUGAAACUAAUUACAAUUAAGUCAAAAAGAAUAACUUGGUUCUAUCAUAAAAGAGAAAGAAAAUGGGGAAAGUAAAAAAAAAGGUUCAGGCUGGGCAUGGUGGUACAUCCUUGUGAUUCCAGCACUAGGAGGCUGAGGCAAGAGCAUCUCUUUGAGCUCAAGGCCAACCUGAACUACAUAGCAAGAUUCUGUCUCCAAAAAAAGCCCAUUCAGUAACAUAGCUGGGUGCAGAAGCAGCUCCAUGGGAAGCCUAUGCAGGAGGAUCAUUUGAGUGCCUGAGUUCAAGACCAGGUGGAACACACAGCAAGACCUGGUAUUCUUAAAGUGCUCUUUUCAAGUUAUAAAUGCUCAGCAGAAACCAGAAGACACCCCGGUUCCCCAGGCCAGAGCAGGAAGACACAGCUUGGGGUUCAAAGCCUGACCCUUCACGCUGAGCUACACUCCCAGGCCUCCCUUUUUAAAAAAUACUAUUUUUUCAGGGGCCAGGGGUUUAGCUCAGCAGCGUAAGAGCCCAUUUGGCAAAUACGAGGUCAUGAGUUCAAUCCCUGGCACCACAAUAAUUUUUUUGUUUGGAUAUAAUCCUCCUGCCUCAGCCUCCCAGAAUGCUAGACUUACAGACACCUAGCUAGUGCUUUACUGGAUAGAGAGCAGAGGCAGCUUUAUAUGACUUGUGUUAUUUUGUGAUUGAAACGGGAGUAAAAUUAAAUUCCUAUUGAAAAUGGAA